ACAUUGAAAGUGUUAUUGAAAUAGAUGAAAACACAUGUCUUGGCUUGUUGGAGAUGCUUACAAAAUAUUUUGAAUCACGUUGAAUUCGAGUUCCCUCCUUAACGACUGUGGCUGACUUCAAUAUUUUGGACAAACCGAAAUGACUUUGGUGGCGUUUAUCACGGUCUUCACGCUUCCAGUGAGAGUCGAUAAAGGACUUUUCUAUGGAGAGCGUUUCCCUGCCACCUUUGGUCAAGCAAGAAAACAGAGAAAGCAGUUCUCCAAUGCAGAGAAGGCAAGCCUGUGUUCCUUCCAGUGGGCAUCCCUCCCCGCCUAAUCAGCUUCCGGUGGCCAGUCCUCCCACUCAGGAAGAUCUGUGGCAUCUACCUGGACGGCUGCGAAUAAACCCAUCACUGUGGGAUAAGGACGACGUUGCCCACUGGCUCCACUGGGCUCAGAAGGAGUACUCGCUGCGCCGGCCUGAGAAGGGACGCUUUGAGAUGAAUGGCCGAGCCCUGUGCCUGCUCACAAAGGAAGAUUUCAGACGCCGCUGCCCCAGCUCAGGAGAUGUCCUGUAUGAAAUCCUACAGUGUGUGAAACAGCAAAGGAGGAGUGUUGUCUGUGACCCCCCGAAGACGUCUCCUUCCCUGGCAACCGGACACAUCCAGACCACAGUCAGCCACCAGGUCCCCACUCACAAUGUCCAAGAGCCACAACCUCCCACAGUCAAGGACUCUCCAGAUGGACCAGCAGCUGUCUCUACAUCUCUUCCAAAACAAGUUCAGGGUACUCCCCAAACAGAGUGCAUCAUCCAGGAGCCUCUCAACCUGUCUAGCCGGGAGAAACCUAGGAGCCCACUGCACAAAGCUAACGGCCGCAUCCCAGAGUGCAGACUGCUGUGGGACUACGUAUAUCAGCUGUUGUGUGAUGACCGUUACCAAGAAUACAUCCGAUGGGAGAACCAGGACAGCCUGGUGUUCAGGGUGGUUGAUCCCAACGGGCUGGCUCGUCUCUGGGGAAACCACAAGAACCGAGACAAUAUGACCUAUGAGAAAAUGUCCCGUGCUUUGCGGCACUACUACAAGCUCAACAUCAUCAAAAAGGAGCGUGGACAAAAACUCCUCUUCAGGUUCCUGAAAACCCCACAGGACAUCAGGAAACAGCAGGCUGAGCCUCAAGAGUCCCCAGAACACACUCCUCCUCAGGACAAGGACUUUACAGACAGCAGUCCUACACAUGAGUUCAGUGAUGACCAUUUUGAGGUUUCCCCUGAUCGUGCUUCUCCACAGCCUCCUCCAACUGGUGCUCCAUGCAGAUAGAAGAGCAGGAUUUGAUGCGCCAAAUAUGAUACAAAAACAGUUAUUACAGAAUAAAAAUGGAGAUUCUGGAUAUUUAUCUUUUGGUUUCAGCUUCAGAAAACAACUCAUUGUAUGUACAGGUUUAACAAAAUUUACAGCUUGGUGUACUGUCUUGGAUUUUUGCACUAUGAGAUAGCUUUUCAUUUUGCUGUGAAUCAAUGUAUAUAUUACUGUGAUCAGAUUGAACACUAACAUUAAGGGACGAUGAAAACUGUGAAAGAAAUCACAUCAAUAUCCAACCACCCAAAUAAUUUUCAGAAUUGAAAUUUCUCAGGCUUCUCAACAUUAUUGCAAUACAAACAAAAACACAUACUAUAUGGCAUUUGUAGGUAAGUGAAGGAAAUGACUGCGAAAGUGUUCCAGUUUGUUACAGAUUGUUCUUAGAUGGGAUGUGGCAGGGUGGAGUGAUUGUUAGUCUUCACACACACACACACACACACACACACACACACACACACACACACACACACACA